AUGACAAUGGACAAAAACAAUGCAAGUUCUGAAGGCUACUUUGUUUUACUGGGUUUUUCUAAUUGGCCUCAUCUCGAGUUAGUUCUCUUUGUGGUUGUCUUGAUGUUCUACCUGAUGACAUUGAUAGGCAACCUGUUCAUCAUUAUCUUGUCACGACUGGACUCCCAUCUCCACACUCCCAUGUACUUCUUCCUCUCAAACCUCUCUUUUCUGGAUCUCUGCUACUCUACCAGCUUUAUCCCUCAGUUGCUAAUUAACCUCUGGGGCCCAGACAAAACCAUCUCUUACACUGGUUGCAUGGUUCAACUUUACUUUUCCCUUGCAUUGGGAACCACAGAAUGUGUGCUACUGGUGGUGAUGUCCUAUGACCGUUAUGCAGCUGUAUGUAGACCUUUGCAUUACACUGUCCUCAUGCACCCUCGUUUCUGCCAUAUGUUGGCUGUAGCUUGUUGGGUGAAUGGUUUUACCAACUCGGCACUUCAUUCCAUCUUUACCUUCUGGGUACCCCUGUGUGGACAUCACCAAGUGGAUCAUUUCCUCUGUGAAGUUCCAGCACUGCUGCAAUUAUCAUGUGUUGAUACCCGUGCCAAUGAACUGACCCUCAUGGUCAUGAGCUCCAUUUUUGUUCUCAUACCUCUCAUCCUCAUUCUCAGCUCCUAUGGUGCCAUUGCCCGGGCUGUACUGAGGAUUCAGUCAACAACUGGACUUCAGAAAGUCUUUGGCACAUGUGGAGCCCAUCUUAUGGUUGUAUCCCUCUUUUUCAUUCCAGCCAUGUGCAUUUAUCUCCUACCAUCAUCAGGAAAGUCUCAAGAUCAAGGCAAGUUCAUUGCCCUGUUUUAUACUGUUGUCACACCUAGCCUCAACCCUCUAAUCUACACCCUCAGAAAUAGAGAUGUAAGAGGGGCAGUAAAGAGACUAGUGGGGUGAGAGUGAGCCUGUAUACUUGAGACAUUAACCAUAUAAUGGAGACUCUCUUCAUCAAUGGUUCCUCCACUAUUCAUUCAUCAACCACUCUUUGAUUCACUCCCUCUAUCAGCACUUAUUGAUCUUGUGCUCUCAGAAGGUCACAGAGUUCGUGGUAGCAAAUGUGAAUUAAACAGUCUGCCUGAAUACCAAUCACUCACUAGUGGAGACAACAGCUAUGUGAAAUCAAGAGCAAACAUCAAUGUUAAAUUUUUUCAGUGCAUAAACUGAAUUAAAAGAGUAUCCUUUUCUUAAUUGAAAAUGAGACAUGAAAUUGUUUUAAGAAUGGCUAAAAGAGCAGGUUAUAAUUC